AUGGAGCAGCCCGACGGGGCGCGCAGCGUGCAGAUCGAGUUCCCGCACUACGCGGCGGGGCUGCUGGAGUCGCUGAACCGGCACCGGCUGGAGGGCAAGUUCUGCGACCUGGCCGUGCACGUGCAGGGCCGCGUCUUCCAGGCGCACAAGAGCGUCCUGGCCGCCGCCUCGCCCUACUUCCACGACAAGCUGCUGCUGCGCGACACGGGCCGCCUCGUCCUGCCGGCGGUCAUCGCGCCCGACGCCUUCGAGAACCUCCUGCAGCUCAUCUACUCGGGCCGCCUCCGGCUGCUGCUCGACGCCCUGCCCGGCCACCUGCUGGCGGCCAGCGGGCUGCAGAUGUGGCAGGUGGUGGACCAGUGCUCGGGCGUCCUCCGGGAGCUGGAGGGGGCCGGCGGGCCGCUCUCCCGCCGCCCCUGGGCCGCCCGCACGGCCGAGAGCCCCAGCAGCAGCAGCGGCGGCGCCGGCCGCCACCCGGGCCUCCGGGAGGACGGAGGGGCCGCGAGGGGCGCCCGGGGACCCCGCCGGCCCUGCCGCCCGCAGCUCGAGGACCUGGGCGAGGAGGUGGUGAAGAUCCGGGUCGCCCAGGAAGACGAGGAAGAGGAGGAGGAGGAGGAAGAGGAAGAAGAGGAGGAAGAGCACCGGCAGGCCCAGAUCUGCAGUGGCUCCAUGAAAGUGGUCUUGGACGAGGAGGAGGAGGAGGAGGAGGAGGAGGAAGGCCGCAGGGGCAGAGACCGUCCUGGCCAGGGGUCCAGGGAGCCGGGCCCGGCCUUCGCUUUGCCCCGAGAGCCCCCCAAAGUCUUCUACAUCAAGCAGGAGCGCUUUGACCCGGAGGAGGAGGCCCCUCCCUCUGCGCUGGGGGGCAGCCCGGCUUCCUACCGCUCGGAGGCCGCCUUCCUGAAAUCCCUGGGCGCCUCGGAGGUGCCGGGCCUCUGCCAGGCGGAGAUCCAGGCCGCUGGGGAGCUCGGCUACCUCCUGCCCGGCGGGGCCUCCUCGUCCACGGCCCCGGGCUCCUUGGCCGGGAAGCCCCAGCCCCUCCCCGCAGACUCCGUGGCGGCUUUCCCCGAGAGCUCGUGGAAGCCCGUGGACCUGCACGGCAACGAAAUCCUUGCCCAGGCCGUGCACGGCCAGGUGGUGCACGCGCCCGUCAAGCUGAUGUCCGCGCCCGACGGGAAGAAGUUCGGCUGCCUGUGCGGGAAGCGCUUCGCCGUCAAGCCCAAGCGGGACCGGCACAUCAUGCUGACCUUCAGCCUGCGGCCCUUCGGCUGCUCCGUCUGCAACAAGAAGUUCAAGCUGAAGCACCACCUGACGGAGCACAUGAAGACCCACGAGGGCAGCCUGCACGCCUGCGAGGACUGCGGGCGCAAGUUCCGCGUCCAGAGCUGCUUCCUGAAGCACAAGGAGCUCUGCAAGGGGCAGGGCUGGGCCACCGCCUGCUGGACCUACAAGUAG